CCACAUCCACCUACCAUCUCUAAUUAACAAGCAAAUGAUAAAAGCUUGUGAGGCCUAUAUCGCUUUUUAUUCCCUGUCGAUUCACUACUGAUUAAAUUACACCACGAAACAUGGACAGGAUGAGAUUGGGAAGCUUCUUCAAUUUUUUCAAAUAAUGCUCUGCACUGCAGGCUCUAUAGUUUCUUGACGCACAAUUAAUUCUCUUGAUCUCUCGGGUUCAUCGCUUCAUUAGUUAAAGCUUCUGGGUUUGUCUCUUUCUGUCACACUCAUUACUUAGGUACAUUAACAUGGCGAUUUGUACAAUGACUUCUACAGAAAAAUUAUAUACGCUUAGAGUUGACAUUGAUGAAACAUAGUGCUUCUUCUGCAAGGGCAAAGUGUAACUAAGACUUUAUGGAUAACCAGAACGAUAGCCUAAGAUCUAGGAGGUUUUAUAAGUGGUUUAAACAGAAGCAAAAGAUACCAGAGCCUAACCACUUGAAUGAAGUUUCAGAUGGUCGUGAAGGCGAUGGGAAUGAUGAGAUGGAAGAUAGUUACUUCAGGUCCAUGGCAAUGGAUCCAUGCAUUUCAAGCAAUGAGUUGAGAAUCUUUGUGGGAACCUGGAAUGUUGCUGGAAGAUCUCCCGAAGGGAGCUUGGCUGUAGAUUUGGACGAGUGGCUAAAUCUAAAGGAUGCUGCGGAUAUUUAUGUUCUUGGCUUCCAAGAGAUUGUUCCCUUAAAGACUCGAACUGUGAUUGGAGCAGAAGACCCAACAGAAGCAACAAAUUGGAAUUUACUGAUAGGGAAAACUCUCAACAGUAAAUACGGAUGCCCUUGGUUGACACCCAUGUUGAAUCCAAUCUCGAGUGACAACUACCACUACAAUGGCAAUCAAGAACCUGAAAAGAGGGUAAAUUUUAGUGGCCUUAGAGGGAUUCUAAUGAGAAACUGGUCAAGAAGCCAACAUGAGAAGCUCUACGGAGGCAGUAAGUACAAGCUCAUGGCGAGCAAGAAGAUGGUGGGAGUGUUUAUAAGUGUAUGGAUGAAGACGGAAUUGCUAAGUAAGUACUGCAUUUCGAAUGUUAAAGUAUGCUCAGUAGCUUGUGGCAUCAUGGGGUAUUUGGGAAACAAAGGUUCUGUUUCGGUUAGCUUGUCGAUUGAGGGAACUAGUUUUUGCUUCAUAGCUGCACACUUGGCUUCUGGUGAGAAGAAAGGCGAUGAAGGCCGAAGAAAUCACCAAGUCUCAGAGAUUUUCCGGCGUACUACGUUUCCUAGAUCAUCUAAAGAUGAUGAUAAUCCACAUCCUCUCACCAUUUUAGGACAUGAUCAAAUAUUCUGGUUUGGGGAUCUCAACUAUAGGCUGUACUUGGAAGACAAUUUAGCAAGGCAUCUGAUAAAGAAGCAAGACUGGAAAGCAUUGCAAGAGUUUGAUCAGCUUCGCAGGGAACUAGAAGAUGGUGGAGUAUUUCAAGGUUGGAGAGAAGGAGACAUUGAAUUUGCACCUACAUAUAAGUAUUCUUUCUCAAAUUGCAAUCGAUACUCUGGUGGAGUUCCGAACAGCUCGGGUGAGAAGCAAAGGACUCCAGCAUGGUGUGACAGAAUUCUAUGGUAUGGGAAAAGAGUUAAACAACUAUCCUAUUUUCGAAGUGAAAGUAAGUUUUCAGAUCAUCGGCCAGUCUCUGCCCUAUUCUCUACACAUGUGGAAGUCAUGAAGUCUAUAAAUCGAAUAGGAGUUCAAAUCCACUCAUUUCUUCCUAGCAUUAUAACUCCUAAGCAAACUGGAUCAGAAAAGCAUAAUGAAGAGGAGAACUCUACAUUAUUGUCAUUGACUGUAAAGGAUAUGGAAUCAUCAUCGACACAUAUGAAGAAUCUAUAAAUAUAACAGAUAAAAGUCGACAAAGAUGGGUUUUAGCUAGUUAGGAUAUUGCAGGCUGACUGUGGGGAUACAAUUUUUUUUUGUUCUUCUCUUUAAAUUUCUUUCCGGCUGUCCUGUUACAACUGGGGAUUCAUUAUUUGAUCACAUAUGUUUGACCUCAAUAAUAGGAAAAAAAAAAUAAUUGAAUAAAUGUAAUUAACAUUCUUUAAUAUAUGUCUCUUCUAUAAACUGUACUAAGGAAUUCCCCAGCGAAUUGAAGCCUGGAACUUAUUCAAAUAAUAAGAGAACUAAGCUUAAGCAGUCUUUAUGGAA